AUGGUCCAGCUUUCCAAAUUCCUCGCUGUUGCAGCUGCAUGCCUUGCAGCUCCUGCCCUCGCCCACCCGGGAGAGAAGCACGAUCCUCAUGUCGUGAAGCGUGAGAUCCAUGCUCGGGAUGUUAUGGCCGCCCACGCUAAGCGCUCCCUCAAUGCUUGCGAGAACACCUUCCACGCCCGCGAGUUGAACAAGCGUAGCAUCGCCCGUCGCUCGCAAACCGUCAAGAAGCUCCGCCAGAAGCGCGGGAUCACUGCUAAUCCCCAGAAAUGGCGCCGCGACCUUGCUGCCCUCGAGAAGUGGGAGGCCAUCGACCACAACCGCACUGGCAUCCUUGAUUACAGCCCUGCCACCCCGGAGUCAGUCGUCUUCGGCGCUAACACUAGCGCAGUUCUGACGCCCACUGUCACUGACGGGCCCUACUAUGUCUGGGGUGAGGUCGUGCGUCAGAAUGUCAAGGAGGAGCUUUACUCCGACGGAGUGGAUGUUUUCCUCGAGGUGCAGUACAUUGAUGUGAACACCUGCAAGCCCGUUCCUGGAGCUGUCGUCGACAUCUGGCAAGCCAAUGCCACUGGUGUGUACAGUGGAAUCUCUAUAUCAGGCAACUACGCCGCAGACGGCUGGGACUCGACAUACCUGCGCGGAAUCCAGCAGACCGACCGCGACGGCGUCGCAACCUUCGAAAGCAUCUUCCCAGGCCACUACGAGGGUCGCGCGACGCACACCCACCUGCUUACCCACCUGAACGCAACCCUCCCUCCCAACAAGACCAUCCUGGCCGACACCGGUAGCGUCGCCCACAUCGGCCAGCUGUUCUGGAACGAGGUGCUCCGCAGUGCCGUGGAGGACACCUACCCGUACAACACCAACACGCAGGCUAUCACCUCCAACGCCGAGGAUAUGUGGAGUAUCUUGCAGGCUGAUAGCGCUUACGAUCCCUUCCCGGAGUACAUUUACCUCGGUGAGGGUCUGGACGAUGGAUUGUUCGCCUGGAUCCAGAUUGGAAUCAACACUACCGCCGAUUACACCGAUAACUCGUACUACAGUGUUGCCGCUUUCCACGGUGCUGAUGGUGGCUACGCGCUUUCUGAUAGCUCGUUCGGUGGUGGUGCUCCGGCUGGUGCCUCUGGUUCUCCUCCUAGUGGCACGGGUAUGCCUAGUGCAUCCGGGUCGCCUAGUCCCUCUGCUUGA